GCAGUGAGAAGCGGAGCAGAUGUUCGCCCAUGCGAUGAUGCUGCACUCGUUGCCGGACGAUGACAGCUUCCAUGAGUACAGCUCUCAGUAUUAUGGUGAGAGAUGGUUGAAAGCUCAUCUGCUUGGAUUCUGUCAGGCGGGGAGUGGAUCUUCUGGAGAAAUAAAAAAAUGCAUUGGCGUAGGACUUUCCUUGGAUAAGAAGGAUCAAAGGAAGUAUGUACAUCAGCUGUCUAAAGGCUGCAUGCCUGGAGUUAUUCUUGCAGAAGGUGGAGGAAGAUGUCAUCUUCCAGGAUGGUCCAACGAUACAUGGUAGUGUUUUUCUGCUGAGCACUUGUGAAUUAUUAUGAAAAUGAAAAAGCAUUCCUGUCUCUCCG